AUGUCUCACAAAUCUAAAUUAGGAAAUUUAAUACGUUUAACAAGUAAUUCUGGAAGUGAAGAACAAUCUAGUUCAUCAUCAUCUAUUAAAGAUCCAUAUAUUCUUUCUAUUGAUAUUGGUACAUCAUCAAUUCGUGCUUAUUUAUUUUCAAAAUCAUUUCAAAUUAUAUCUUCAAGUCAAAAACCACAAACAAUUCAUUAUCCUGAAGCACAUGGUUAUGAAUUUGAACCUGAAGAAUUUUGGUCAAAAUUUCUUUAUGUUAUACGUGAAACAAUUGAACAUGCACAUCCAUUAACAAUUGAUGAUAUAACAUGUUUAGGUAUAUCAACAUUAAGAAAUUCUGUUAUAUUAUGGGAUCGUAAAACAGGUGAAACAUAUUCAAAUAUUAUUUUAUGGAAUGAUUCAAGAUCAAGUUUACAAACUUUAGCAACAAAUUCAUCAUUAACAUGGAAAACAAUACGUCAUGCAUCAAAAAUAAUUUAUCCAGUUAUUCAAACAGCACGUCUAUCAACAUUAUCAAAUCUUGAAUUUCGUACACAAAUGAUUGCAUUUAAAUUAUUAUGGUUAUUUGAAAAAAAACCUCAUUUAGUACAAUAUGCACGUCAAAAUCGAUUAUUAUUUGGUUGUAUUGAUACAUGGAUUAUAUGGAAAUUAACUGGUGGACAAGAAUAUGUAACUGAUGUAUCAUGUGCAAGUUCAACAGGACUUUAUGAUCCAUUUAAAUCACAAUGGUCAGGAUUAGUUUGUAAAAAUUUAGGUAUUUCAAUGAAAUUAUUACCAACCAUUAAACCAACUUUUGGACAAUUCGGAAAAUGUGAUCCAAGUUUUUUCGGUCGUGCUAUACCAAUAACUGCUGUUGUUGGUGAUGUUCAAGCAAGUAUGUUUGGUCAAUGUGUCUGUCAUCUUGGUGAAUGUUUACUUACAUUAGGUACUGGUGCAUUUGUUAAUAUUUUAACUGAUAAAGUUAGUGCUUGUACUGAUGGUAUAUAUCCACUUGUAGCCUAUUCAGAUCUUUCAAAUCCUGAAGAAAAUAUUCAUUUUCUUCAUGCAUAUCAUAGUGGAUGUGCAAAUGUUCUUAAUUGGGCUCGACAAGCUGGAUUUUUUAAUGAUUAUUCUGAACUAAACAACAUAUCGACUGAUAUUAAACUUGCUCGAGUAUUUUUUCUUCCUGCAUUUGGUGGUCAUAAUAAUGAUCCCUAUUGUGGAUCUGGUUUUAUUGGUAUUAAUUGUCAAACAACACGUGAUGAUUUACUUCGAUCAAUACUUCAAUCAAUUGCAUUUGUUGUUUAUGAAUUAUUUACAUUUGUACAACAUGAUUUUAAUAAAUAUCAAGGUGAAGAAAAUUUAAAAUUUAUACGUAUAGCUGGUGGAGUAUCAACAUGUGACUUUAUAUGUCAAAUUAUAGCAAAUUUAACACAAAUACCUAUUCAACGUUGUCAUGCAUUUGAUUAUGCAUCAGGUAUAGGAGCUGGAUUUUUAGCUGCAUAUGGUUGUGGUUUAAUUGAUGAUUAUGAACAUUUUCAAAAGAUUAUUACUGUAAAAAAAAUAUUUCAACCAAUUCAAUCUGAUAUAACAGAAAAAAAUUUUAAACAAUGGAAAACAAUUAUUCCACGUUUUGCUAAAUGGCAUCAAAAAGAUGAUAAUUCAUUGUAA